CACCAUCCUCAAGAACAAAAACAAAUCACAAACACACAAAGUUGAGAAGACAUGAAGUUCACGGCAGUAGUGUUCAUCGUGUUCGUGAUUGGUGCCAUGGCGUCUCCAGCUUCGAUAAGAGCAACCGUGGUCGAAGGUUCUGAAGAAGAAGUGGUUAAUGUAACAUGUUCUGCGACCGAACUUAGUUCAUGUUUACCAGCGAUGACCUCAGGAGCAGCACCAUCUACGGAGUGUUGCGACAAACUCAAAGUACAAGAACCAUGUUUGUGCACGUACAUUAGGAAUCCGAUGUAUAGUACGUACGUUAGUUCACCAAAUGCUCGUAAGACGUUAACGGCUUGUAAUGUUCCUUAUCCUGCUUGUUGAAGUUUGAGAUAUUCCUAUAAAAACAAAAAGUUAAUUAUUAAUAAUAAAAAUAAAAAGUAUUGAAAGAAAUCAUUAUGUAAUA